CAACAAAAACAAGGUAAAAUAUGAGGUUGCGCGUUUUUUCACUUGAAAGCAGAACAAGGAAAGGCGGUUGUCGUGGUGGUGCUGCCAUUUUCGGGGUGGCUUUGGUUUCCUAAGGGGAAGGGGCACCGCCGCAACCGCCUUUUUUUUUUCUUAUAUUUUCGAAAAACAUUCCUGAAAAUCGACUGUCACGUCCGCUUAACCUUCAAAAUUUUGAAUUUGCGAAAGGACUCUGUUUUCUUUAUUACAGUAUAUUUUUGUUUGGUUUGUUGUAAAAAUCGAAAAUGAGAAAAGAUAGGAGACUAAAGAUGAAGACAAGGGUAUCGAGGAUUGGAAGCUAUGCGAUUGCAUCUUCCAUGAGGGAUCAUCCUCACCAACCCUGCAUUACCUGCACCACUUUUAACAUCCUCGCCCCCAUUUACAAACGCCUUUCUCAUAAGGACCAGAACUGCCGUGAAAGCGAUUACAGGGCAUAUUGGUUGGCCAGGAAUGAUCGGAUAUUGGAUUCUUUGUUACACGAGAGAUCUUCCAUUAUUUGUCUACAGGAAUUCUGGGUUGGGAAUGAAGAGCUUGUAAAUAUGUAUGAGAAGAGGCUGGGUGAUGCUGGUUAUCUUAAUUUCAAGCUUGGACGUACCAACAACCGUGGUGAUGGUCUGUUGACUGCCGUGCAUAAGGACUAUUUUAGAGUUAUUAAGUAUAGGGAAUUGCUAUUCAAUGAUUGUGGAGACCGGGUUGCGCAGUUGCUACAUGUUGAGUUGGCAACCCCUGCUUCACUAUAUCGAAACAAUGAUACUUGCCAAGAAAUUCUCAUUGUAAACACCCAUUUGCUUUUUCCUCACGAUUCAAGUUUGUGCAUAGUACGAUUGCAUCAGGUCUAUAAAAUCUUGCAAUAUGUGGAAUCUUAUCAGAAGGAGUACAAGCUUAGUCCUUUACCAAUUAUGCUUUGCGGUGACUGGAACGGGAGCAAACGUGGGCACGUGUACAAGUUCCUUAGGUCCCAGGGCUUUGUAUCAUCAUAUGAUACUGCUCAUCAGUACACCGAUGCAGAUGCACAUAAGUGGGUUAGCCACCUCAAUCAUCGGGGAAAUGUAUGUGGUGUGGAUUUUAUUUGGCUUCUCAAUCCCAAUAGAUAUCGGAAACUGCUGAAAACAAGUUGGAGUGAAGCAGUAUUUGGCAUGUUCAAGAAUCAACUAAAGAAAGCUUCGCUGACAGAAGAUGAUGCAUUUGCUUUUCUUAAGGCUGACAAUGAUGGUGAUUACAUUACCUACUUAGGUUUUUGCGAAGCUCUUCGACAGCUUAAUAUAACUGGUCAUUGCCAUGGACUCAGCGUUGAAGAGACAAAAGACUUGUGGGUUCAAGCAGACAUUGAUGGAAACGGUGUUGUUGACCGUGAAGAAUUUCAGCAGCGAAUCUGGAAAGGUACGUGGUCAGAGCAAAGAGAUGAACACAGCAAUGAAGGCCGAGAUGGGGCCGCUGCGGAAUAUCGUCAGGAGCAAGCUGUUGGUUUUAGUGUGAAGAACGCAGUCCUAUUCCCUUCGGAAGUGGAAAAAGGAAUGUGGCCUGAAAAUUAUUCUCUUUCCGAUCACGCGAGACUUACGGUGGUGUUCUCACCAGUAGAAAUGCCAAUAUGCCAUUUUCCCAGUUAACAACUUGACAAACUUGGGGUGCAACGAGACAUAUAUGGGAAUUUUGUAUAGGCACAGAAAUGAAAAAAGACUAAUGAAGAAAGUUCAGGGGCGCGGGCAGUUUGUGCUGUUCAUACCAAGAUAGCCAUCGGAGUGUUUCAGAGAGAACUUGAAAUUUUUCGUGUGCAAGCACCGUCCAUGCUUCCUGCAAUACUUUUGAUCAUGCUCAAGAACACCAGCUCUCUCACAUAUCAUGUAAGGGACUCCACUGCCGACCGUCUCCUACAACAUGAAAUUUAACGGCUGCCCCAUAAAGGGGUCAUUCUGUUGGCCAUUGGCAGAUGGACUAGCUCUCCUCUACUUGUGUUUGCUUAUUAAACAAGGAAAUGGAAAAGAGAAAGUAGUGAAAGUUUGCAUGUAAAUAUUCAUUACAGGUAGGCAGGUUACAGGUAGCUAUCACGCUUUUGUAGCAUGGUGAGUUCAGUGCAACACUUUAGGGCUUCUUGUAUAUAGAAUGUUACCAAGAUGGAUGUAAUACAAUUACACAACUAUUUUGUAGCACUUUUCACUAUGCCAUGAAUAAUAGAGCACUAACAAUUGAAAAUUCUGCAGUUAUGUUCCACGGAGAUGGACUUUUCCAACAUUAUGGUUGAUUUCCUGUAUUUUUGCACAUUGAAGAGUUCUGUUUCCAAAAUCCGGACCGAUGGACAGAUGCAAGAAUUUUACAUGGGGACAACGGAAAUUAAUGUCUGAAAAUCUCAUAUUUUGCAAUAAAAUGUAUGA